AAGUCACGCGACAUUUUCAUUCCGUCAUGUUGGCAGCGCUGAAAAAUUCAAAAAGAAGAGAGUGGAUCACUGUCAAAACAAAAACUCGUUCGUUUCGUUCGCGGUCGCCGUCGCGCAUACAAAAAUAAUUCAACAACCGUUUUAAUUUUGUGCGAGUGUUUUCCCUUGUUUUCCACGCGUAUUAUUUCCGCCGCAGUUUCGGGCAUCCGACCGGGAACGGGGAUCGUGCAGUGAUUGUGGUGCCGGAAAGUGUUUCGAUAUAGGUGUGACCAUUGCGAAGCGGAGGGCCCCGAGCAGUGGGUUGCCGUUGGUCCGAGCGAGCAGCGACACCAUGUCAUUGUUUCAUCCGACGGCGAAGCGGAUGACGACGACCGGCGGUGGUGGCGGAGGAGGUGACAUCGAGCCACAUCAUUCGGAUCCGGAUGGUCAGGACAGUGGAGAGGUGUUGCAUACGUCCGGCGGCAGUGGGUCGCUGAGUAACAGCAUAUCUAACAACAGGGAUAAGGAAUUCUCGGAUGAGAUUUCACGGAGAGCGACUAGGAGUUUCCAGCCCAAGCGGGUUUCUGAGCUUCCACCGUUGGAAUCGGAAUCGGACUCGGACGAUGACAACAAUCUAAACUGCGCUAUUUUAAACGAUUCGUUCCUUUUGACUCCGUCGAAAUGUGCCGACGAUAUGGACAGUGCCCGGAAGGCCCCGAAACCAUUACCCAGUCCCACCAACCAGAAAGAGAAUGUACACGCGCGGCAAAAGUUGGAAGAUAAGAUGUUCAACGCCACUAAGGAAGUUGAACCCUUGGAAGUGAAGGUUUUGAAAAGGGUUCCUCUGUUGGACAGGAGGCAGCUUGAGAAGCAGUUUUCGCUCCUAUCACAGAGCGAUUCGAGGUUGUCCAGGGCGAGGGAUUCGGGUAUUAGCAGUACUAGUUCUUCGGUUCUGUCCGCUGCGGAGCAGGUGACAGAGAUCGAGGUUAAACCCGUCAUCCGGGAGGAAGUGGACGAGGUCGAGUUGGGCAAAAGUCUCCGUGAGCAGAAAAUCCAGUCCCCACCCAAGGAUCACCUGUUCGUAACUCCACGGGAAAAGUUCCCUCACGCAAACCACCGGGGAACGUCUUCCCGGGCGAUCAUCUCGACGACAAAUCGUAAAUCUCGGAACACGCUAGAAAACGAAUUCAAAUCUCAGAAGAUUCUCUUUGCCACCCCCUUGGCCACAGGCUUGUCCAGGCCCCAGGUCAGUGCCAACGAUAGUUUAUCCCUGUCUCUGGUAGAUACUCCGAUCAAGUCGAAAGAUCGGCCACUGUCGCCGAUCGUGGAACAACAGCGACCCGCAAAACGAUCGACGGACGAGCUGUUUCCGGCUACUCCGGGACCGGAGAAGCGUCUCUCACCGGCACCGGUAUCGAAGGAUGUUCCGGCUCCAAGCGCCGCAACCGCAGUAGCGAUGGAACAGGACAGCCAAACAGUAGUGGAACAACAACCUCAACAAGCGAAAGCACUUCCGACGAUCACCAUCAACGGGAAGGAGUACCAGGUGCUAAAGAAGCUGGGUUCCGGCGGAUCCAGUUCGGUGUUUCUGGCCAAGCAGGUUGAAACCGGCGUUGAGUGUGCACUGAAGUUGGUCAAUCUAGAGGGUGAUUCCAGUCUCGUGGAGGGUUACCUAAACGAGACAAAGCUGUUAGCCAAACUACAAGGAAACGAGAAUGUUGUAGCCCUUCAUGAUUAUUGCCACCUUCCGGAAGCAAAUCAGCUCUUCCUCGUCAUGGAGAAAGGAGAUUGCGAUCUGCACAAAAUUCUCCAAAACUACCGCAAGGACAUCCCACUGUACACGCUGAUGCAGGUUUGGUACCAAAUGGUGCAGUGUGUGCACUACAUACACGAGCAUGGAGUCAUCCACCUGGACCUGAAACCGGCCAACUUCCUCAUGGUCAAGGGACGCUUGAAGCUCAUCGAUUUCGGCAUCGCCAGCAACAUUGCGUUCGACUCCACCAGUAUUAUGAAGUUCUCCCAGGCCGGCACCUUCAACUACAUCAGCCCGGAAGCGCUGAUCGAUACCUCGACGGAAUGCAGUCCGGCCGGCACACAGCCCAAGAUCAAAAUGUCGAAAAAGUCCGACAUCUGGUCGCUGGGUUGCAUACUGUACCUACUCCUGUACAAAAAGACCCCCUUUGCCCACAUUAAGAACAUCCAUACCAAGGUAAGCACCAUCACGAAUCCUAAUACGGUCAUUGAGUACCCUCCGCUGCCCAGUUACUAUCCGGCGAUGUUGCUGGACAUGCUGCAGAGGUGCCUCAGAUACGACGCCAAAUCGAGGGCGUCCACGGCGGAACUUUUACAGUAUCCGUUCGAUAUGGUGAUACCGCUGCCAGCAACAAGCGGCGGAACCGCGGCCAAGUGAUGUGAGUAAUUUUUUUACUAGACAUUUAGACUUCGUGCUUUGGACAUAUUUAUUACGUAUAGAAAUAUUGAUUUAUUAUAUUACGAUACACUAACGCGCUUUCGAUCUUAAAGCACUAACAGAUUCUAUUUCUAUUUGAUGUGCGGUUUUAAGAGACGUCUUAUGUAUACAGGCUGGUUUAUCACAAACGGAUUUGUGGUUGAUCUGUUGGAUAAAAAACAAUAUCGGAAAUUA